AUGAGGAGGAAGACUUACUUCCAUCACCCAGUUUUAGAAAAUUUAAAAGUCACGAAGCGUCCUUUCUUCACGCUCGCAUUGUAUCGUGCUGUAAAUCGUGCUUCAACGAACUCUGUAGUGUCGUGGUCGAGUGACGGGAAGAGUUUCAUCGUUUGGAAUCAGGAGAAGUUUUACAUCGACGUACUUCCCAAGUUGGUGAUGCCCACAUGGACAAUGUUCACCCACUACCUUAAGCUCUAUGGCUUUCGAGAGGUCGAGUCUGGCCGCUUGGAAUUUGCAAACGAUGAUUUUGUGAGAGGUAAAAUUGAGCUGACGUCGAAGAUUGAAAGGAAGUACAGGGAGAGGUUUAACGUUGCUUUGUUGAUGAAGAAAGCCGCAAGCUACCCGCUCAGAGGAUCAAACGCAAACAUUGCUUUGUUGAUGGCACCACCACAAGGGGAGACGAGUAAAGCUUUGACAAUGUGCUGCCAAGGAGGAGAAAGCCUCAAGCUCGACGCAUGUCAAAUACAUUCGUCCUCGAAGCCGCUUAUAAUAAAACACGUCUCUGUUACAAGUUAUUACAGUUUUUAUUUAUGA